AUGCAUGUGGGAGUCACUGACCGAGCUUUUUCACCAUUCCGAGAGAUCGCAGUUCAUUGUUCACGGUGGACAGCGAACAGCCAAGACUGGCAGCAAAAUACCGCACACCUUCAUAUGGAUGCUGCUCCGCCGGAUUCUUCAGUUCGUCGAACGAUAUUGCAGUCGGUCGACCAGGAUCGUGGAUUUCAUAUGUCCUCAGAGCCACGAACCACGCAAGAUGAUCCUGCAGCUGGACCCUCUACGUCAAGAAGCGAAAAUCAGGAACCGAUAAAAGGUAUCCUAAAACGACCCUCAAUUAAAGCGGAGAGCAAAGAUCAGGUAGUUCCAACAAUCACUCAUCGACCAUCUCCUGAUCGUUUUCCAGACAAACCCAGUACACGUAUCCCGAAAUUAUCGGUUACUUGGUGGGAAAAGAAUGCAGUGGCAAUAUUCGGUGAUACCAGCGAUGAGAACAAUACGGAUUCUGAGCAGUUAUUCAAGGAUCUUGGUAACGGUGCCAGCUCUGAACAGACAGAUGAAAGACAAACGGCUAUUCUCGAUUCUGAAGAUGAUUCGGAGGAGGUUUUGUUGGAAUCACAGGAUCUUUUUGAAGAUGAACCACGUGAUGAGACUAUGAGUGUGGCGAGUUCUACCGGAUCUGCUUCGACGACUGUGGUAGGACGAUGGUGGACAGGAAAGGAUACGAGAUUUGUACCACAUUGCCAUCGACGAGGAUGUAAUCAUAAUCACGGUGAUUUGGGUGAAUAUCUAACGCCUACACAACGAAGGAAUAGGGAAGUGAAUGAUCUCAAAAAUGAAUUAAAAACGGCGUUGAAAGAAAGAGACGAGAAGGAACGUCAUCUUGAAGAGCUCCGUGAGCGUAUUAAAGAGGUGGAGGUACUGAACGUGAAGCAGGCAUCUCUAUCCGAUAGUCAUCGAAUGAUGAUGAGGGAACGUGAAGCGGCUGAAACUCAUGAACGUGAGAAGAAACAGAUGGAAAGAAGACAUGCGGUCAGAGUGAACCAGCUGGUCCAGGAAACACUUUCGGCCAGGGAUGAAAUUAUUCGACUCACUUCUCGAGUGAAGGAUCUUGAAUCUGUCCUUAACGUCUCACGUACAGACUCCGAAACGAUGACCGAUCCUGUUCAGUAUGCUCAUCCUGCAUCACAAAGUCCGAUCACAUUCGACCCUGUCGAUCCUAAUCAAGGAACAGCACUUCGAUCGCCUCCACCAACAACAAUUUCACCAUCAAUGCCGAUGUCACCAGUGCAUAGUCUUCCUGAGCAGAUGACCAUGUCAUCACCGGUCUUAACUUCACCUCAGUGCUUACCUGUCGAAUCGAAACUCACCGGUCAACCGAUGUACCUCAGUCAAGAGGCACUAAAUCAUAUUCAGGCUUGUCAAAAUGAAGCGUUCAUCUGGAGAACGAAAGCCGCUCAAUUGGAGAUCGUCGUCAAGGAUCAGCUAUCGAAAGCGAAUCGUAUUGAGGAAGCGCUUCGUGCGGAAUUGUUCGCCGUUCGGGCUGGUAAGACGCAGGAUUCGGAUGUGCAAAAAACAUCAACGGCUACUGGUGAAGAUGUCGCUACCGGAACUCCAACAAGAAUUUCUCCAGUUCCAUUUGAGUGCACUAUGCCUUCAUGUGUUGAACGGAAGAAAGAUCUGAUCCAGGAAAACAACCGCUUGCUUGAACAGAUAGAAGAGGUGAACAUGAGGAUUCGUGAGUUAGAGGAUGAUGUCGGUGCGUUACGUCACGAAUUGGAUAGCCUAGAAGAUCAUCGCGAUCGCCUCAAGCAACAGCUGGACCUGGCCGUGCAAGAACGCGAUUCAAAAAUUGCCGAAGUUGCUGCCUGCAAUAUAGUCAUUGCACGACAUCAGGCCGAGAAGGAAACGAUGCAAAAAGCGAUUGCGUAUAUGGAAGAGCGUAUGCAAGUCUAUCAAAACACCUUAAUGGCGCAUGAUCUUGUCGUAAGCGAUGAGAAUAGCAGUGAUUGGCGUAAAGGAUUUGUGGAUCCGAGGUACAAUGUUAUGUUUUCUAAACGAGUUCAAACAACGUUGACCGCCGAGACUUUAUCAAAGCAUGAGGACGAGUUUGCGUUCACAAAAAGAAAACUUACGGAAUUACAUAAUGAAUUCGCAUCGAAUCGUACGGAUCUUCAUGAACGUUUCGAAGAAAUCGAGAAGAUUCUGCUCACCAAAACUCAACUUGUCGACACAUUAUCCAAACAACUUGAGGACACACGUCGUGAUCAACGUCAAGAAAUCGAUUCACAUCAAAAAGAAAGGGAAUCCUACAAGAAGAAACUGGAGGAACUCUCAGCGACUGCUGAGAAGUUGCCGGUGCUGGAAAGCCGAAUAGAGCAGCUACAAAAGGAAAAGAGUGAGUUCGAUAUACGUUAUACAGCGCAACGUGAAGAGUUGGAACGUACACUCGAGGAAGCAUUGUCGGAAGCGCUGGCCAAAUACAAGGAACAGACCGAUUACUGGAAAGGUAAACAGGCAGCGCUGGAGCAGAAUCUUGAAAGGGCAAAGGCGGAAAUCGCUCAACAUUUAAAAGAGAAGGAGGAUAUGAAGAUCAAAGCAAAAUUGGAUCGUGCUGAUCUCGAAUGUCGCCUAACAAGUAGCAUUGAUCAUGUGGCUCAAUUGAACAAUCAAAUCAACAAAAGUCGUCGAGAUGUGGAAUGUGAGGCUCGUCCUCGACAAGUCAGCAAAUAUGUCGCAUGUAGACCAAACUCCAGAAGCAAAUCGACAAUAAUCGCAAAGGGUGAUUUAUUUGAUGAAAACGAAGAACGUCUCAAGUUAUGCCAAGGUGAACUGACAACAACUCGUCGACAAGUACACGUAUUACAGCAGAAGUUGAUCAGUACGAUGCAAGAAAAGGCCGACAAACGAGUUCAAGUACGUCGUCGCAUCGCUUGUGUUGUUGAUCGUGAACCCGAACCACAAAAAGUGGAUCUGGAAAAACUAGAAGCACUCCAGACAAAGAAUGCAGAACUACGUGAACAGGUGACCAGCGAGUUGCAUUUGACAUCUGCUGAGGAGGAGAAGGCGACAUUGGUACGAAGUGAACGUGAACGAAUUCGACAUCUUGUGAACGAGUUUGAAAAUGUCCGGCGUGAACUAGAUCAAGAAAUGAAUCGAUACGAGUCUGAAAAAACGUGGUUGAAAUCUCGUAUACGUAAUCUUGAAACGGAUAAUGAGGAACUUCAACGUACAAUUGAGGCUCAAGCUGCUGGUGGUGCAAGCACAUCAAGGGAUCCUCCUCCAAUACGGAAGACGUUAUCUGAAUCAGAGAUCGGCACUGAUGAUGAGUCCUCUCGUCUGCGAACUGAGAAUGUCCGCCUGAAAAGGGAACUGGAGAAAGUUCGCGAUUCCUUGCGUAAGACAGCAUCCGUGGUUGGACGAGAUCGUAGUCAACUUUCUCCAGCAUUCGCAACUCUAGCUGAUGAUCUGAAUUUGGUCAAGUCGGACCUUGAACAAAUCCUCAACACAAUGGAUAAUCGAGGACCAAGUAACGAUGAGAAUAUUCGAGAAGGAUCAGGUUCAGCUGCAAGCGGUAAAAGUCCAGUUGAAGAUGAAGAGUUGUUGCAUUCGAAUAUCCUUGAAACGGUUAUGAUGGGCUGGGAGACGGACGAGAGGGAAAAUUUGACUCGAGACUUAUUACGAUCACGUCAAGAAAGAAAUCUUAUGAAGACCCGCAUCGAUCGAUUGACCCGUCAACUCAACGAGACCCAAGCAGAACUGGAGGUUUAUCGACGAGAAGGCGUAAUACCUCGAUCCACUUCUGCUCAGCGCAAUCCUCAUCCUGUAAUCCGCAGCCGAAGCGCUACUAACGUUACUUGUGAUGUCACAAAUGUGCAUGAAGUCGAGGAAUGGAAAGAAAAAUGUGGUACAAUGUUCCGAGAACUGAAUGCAAUGAGAGCCGGUUAUCAACGUGCUCAAGAUGAUCGUCGAGAGUUGAAAAUCCAGGUAGCGAUGCUUCGCGGAGAGCUGGAAAUUGCACGCUGCCAAAAUGAAAGAGAUGCGGAUACGUCCGUGGAUUCUUCUGUUUACUUUUCUCCUAUAUCUGCACGAAGUAGGAGCUACCAUACUCCUAGUGAAUUGCGUCGAGAAUACCGUAGCCAAGUGAUUGUUCAUGAGAAUCCACGUCCGUUCGACCGUGGAUCUACACGUGAAACAGUUGCAUGUCGUGUAUCAGCAACCCCACCCACAAAAUCAGAGCCGACUAACCAGGAUCGUCGUUCUCGCAGCGAACAAGGAAGACGGACCAUUUCAGCAAGGAUGGAUCAGAUGGAACGCCGUCGAUGCGCUAGAAAGAAUAUCCCCUCAUCAUUGUCAUCGUCAAUAACAUCGGUUGGCGAUUGUAAUUGGCUCGACAAUAUUCCACAACAAUCAGGGAAAACCGUCCCAUUGAUGUCACAAUCGUGGCAUGAGCAUAGCGAACGCAAAUUCGAGGCCGAAUUGCAUUCCCAAGUGAAUCGCCGCGAAUCACGUGCGGUAUCGUUGCGAGAACGUGUUGGUCAGCUUCUGCGUGAAAAUCGAUCUCUUCAAACACAAUUAGCACUUGCAAAUGCGGAUAUAAUAAGCGCCAAAAAAUGCAAGUUUGACAACGAGCGGCUGAACAGAUUAGAAGAAGAAAAGGACGCAUUAGGGGCGAAAGUCGAGUUACUCCUCGCAAAAAUCGAACACGACUCCUCAUCAGCUCGUGAGGCACUGGCAGAGGUCGAAGCAAGGUUGGCGGUGAGUCGUAAUGAGAACACAAUGUAUGAGAAGAAAAUCCGAGAUAUGGAGGAGGAAAGGAGAGAAAUGUAUUUGGUUAUGUUCAAAAAGGGUCAGGAAGCGGCAGCUAUGGAUCUAAAAGAGGUUGCUCAAGUCGACCAAAUGACGCAGGAUCGCGUCGUGCUGCGAUUUUUACACGAUGCAUUCUAUUAUUACUUAUUAAAUAAAGGCGAUGCUAAGGAACAUUUACAGGCUAUCAUGACGAUGCUGGAUUUCAGUGUUGAACAAAAGGAUGAGGUGGCAAAGAGGAAAGGUCGAUCUCAUUGA